CAUCAUUUCAAAGCUUGGACAUUUCCACAAAUCAUUUGACACAGGUCUUGUGUAUUCGGAAACAUAACCGUACUAUAUAGUGUGAUUGAAAAUGGAACGUGACAAGGAGCAUUUUUGUCAUCUAUUACUUUAUUACUAUGAUUCGAAGAAACCUGCUGCGAAGCUCACCUAUUUAUCUCAGAAACUUCUUUUGAGUCUGCUCCAUUAGUUAAAACGUGUGAGUACUGGUAUCGACGAUUUAAAAGUGGUGAUUUCAAUUUGAAAGACAAAGACAAAGAAGGUCCAAGUCAACCGAAAAAGUUCGAAGAUCCCGAAUUGCAGGCAUUGUUGCACGAAAACUCAGCUUAAACGCUUGAAGAAUUAGCUAAAGUAUUAAAUGUUGGUAAAUCAACCGUUUCUGAUCGUUUACACGCAUUGGGAAAAAUUCAAAAGAAGACAAUGUCUCGACAAUACCCCACGGAAGAGGACGCAUUCGUGAACAGUAUUGCAUUUAAUAUGCAAUUGACGACGGAGGAAGUGCAGGAAUGCUUCAACAAGACAAGCAUCACGCCCAAGGAUAUAAUGCACGUUGACCGAAUUAUAGAAGACGACUUACAUACUAUAGAUUCCGACGACAGGGCUUUAAAAAUGGGUUGCUUUACCAACUGUUUAUUCCGGAAGAAAGAAAUGGUGACGGGUACGCAAAUAAAUUUUGAAAAGGUUAAAGAAAUGCGCACUAAGGUAACUGAUCCUGACAAAGUACACAGAGUGCACCAAACAAUUGACACAUGUGCCGAUCAGGUUAAAAGCAUUACCAACGAAUGUGAAGUAGGCCUCAAGUUCGUAGUAUGUUACAAUGUUGAAAUACGACGUUUAAAGUAACAAUAAUAGUAAUGAAAAAAAAAUAAGAGUUAAACACUGUAUAUUAUUAUAUGUGAAGAACUUCCCAACUAUAAGACACAUACCAUGAAUCUUUCAAACUCCAACAAUAUUCCGAUUACAUAAAAACAAAGUAGGGAACGGAAGUCAGGAAAAAUUGUGUGAAAAAUAUUUAUGUCUCUCUGUAUAGGCCACUGACCUGAGAAAGAAAAGGAUAAAGACCAACAGUUGUUGAAAAUACUAAUUAUUAUUAUUAUACUAAUUAUAUGCUUUAAUAGUUUUAUUCAUUAUAUUUUUAUACAUAUACACUAUCUAAUUAUUCGUAAUUGAAUCGUAAGUGAUUCGUAGAAUUUUAGUUUCUAUACUUUGGCAAAACUUUUUCAUUUUCAGUGAACAGAUUUUGAAUACAUAAUAUUCCUACAAAACACUUAUAUAACAAAAUAUUUGUGAAAGAGAUAACAUACUUAUGUAAUACAAAAAAGAAGAAAUAAAAAAG